AUGGUCAGCGGCGAGACAAACGGUCAGCGACCGGCACAGCAACGAACUGCAUACCUGGGACCCGAGGCCUCGUUCUCACAUCAAGCGGCCGUCGAAGCUCUUCCCCAUACAGUGCCUAUACCACUUCCCUCUUUCAAGGCUAUUCUUCAAGGAAUUCAGGACUCUGGCGAUGAAGCAGCAGAUGCAUACGACUAUGCUGUGUUACCAGUUGAGAACAGCACAAAUGGCAGUGUAGUCCAGGCAUUGGAUCUUGUUGCACAGUGUGGACUUGCUUCAGCUUAUUCAGACGUAGAAGUGAUUGACGAGUAUUAUCUUGAAGUUCACCACAAUCUUUUCGUGUCAAGGAUCUGGGCUGAGCAAAAACUUGAUCAGGAGGACUUUGCAGCCCUGCCCAUCGACAUCGAGCAGGCCACAAAGCAGGAUACAAAACAACAGUUACAUAACGGAUCGAGCACGAGUGAAGUCCCCAGCAAUCCAUCGCCGAUGAACGGGUUAAACAACGUCCUGGAAAAGCUUGAAACAAAGACUCUACACACACAUCCUCAAGUCUGGGGCCAAUGUAACAACAUUCUAUCCACGUAUCUACCACCAGGCAAUGUCGAUAGAGUCGACAUGAGCUCGACAAGCGCAGCAGCAGCUUUCAUUGCAGAUUCAUCCCAUUCGAGCCAAGACGGGCUAGCAGCUAUAUCAUCCUCACUAGCAGGCGCAAAACACGCCAACGACCUCGUCUGCAUCGCUCGGAACAUCGAAGACGAGCCAGGCGAAAACACCACUCGAUUCCUUGUUCUCAAGAACCGAAAACGAUCACAAGCUUGCUUGCCCUUACACGAAAAGCUGCAACAAGGAUCCAUCCAAAUCAAAUCACUUUGGGCCUUCACAAUCGCACAUUUCGUACCCGGCACGCUAGCGACGACACUCUCCGUCUUCGCGAAACAUAAUUUCAAUUUGAGCGCUAUUCAGAGUCGUCCUAGACCGAAGCAGAAAAUACUCGGCGGAGAGCAAGGCCACGUCACAAGCAAGCGUAGUCAAGACAAUAACUGGAGGUAUAUCUUCUUCGUUGAAUGCUUGCAUCAGAGAGAUGCGGCACUUAUGAAUCAAGGAGAUGAGGAGCUUGGUAAGCUACUAAAGGAACUAGAAAGUGUCACGGAACAAAUUAGUCUGCUGGGCAGUUGGAAGGAUCGAUUGUGCUAG